UUUUCUAAGCGAUAAAUAUUAGGGAAAAUCCUUAUUGGCCGCUAGCUUAUUGUCCGCUAGCUUGACUUAGGCGGAGAUUAUGUUUCCAGAGAAUCACAAAACGGAUUGAGAGGGAUUUACAAAUACUGCCUGCGAAGAAAAUCUUGCUAAAGGGGAAGUGUUCCAGGGCCAUUCCCAACCUGCUGAAUAUAAUCUAAUAAGAAUGGCAACUGCAUCAGAAGUAAGAGAGGGGUUCCUCUGCCCGAUGUGUAUGAAAGAUCUUGGCACGGUCACAAUGUUGCAGGACCACUUUGAGGAGGAACAUUCCAGUGAAGAUAAGGAUGUUCUGCAUCAAUUAAGAGGUCUCUUUGGAAAAGCCAAAAAGAAAAUCCUUGGUGAGAAGGAUGAAGUGGAUGAUGGUGGCCUGCAGUCCUCGGUCUAUAAAAGUCCUGCAGUCACGGUAUCAGGAUAUGACCCUGCCAUGUGGGAGCCACAGGAAAUAGGGGUGACUCGAGCCUGGACGGACUUAUUUAAAGCACACAGAGGGGCAAAAGUGGACAGAUGUGUUGUAGAGACAAAUAAAUUGAUCAUUCGACUGGAUAAGCUUACAGGACCAGAUGUACCAUCUGACACCAGCAAACGAAAAGCUUAUGAGAAGGCCAUUGUUCCAUGGAUGCCCGAUGGUCACGCCAAAGAAUGCCCAUUCUGUAAGCGUAGCUUUACCUUGACCAGACGUCGUCAUCACUGUCGUCUGUGCGGAGACAUUAUGUGUGAUAAAUGUUCACAAUUUCUAACACACUCUUUUGCAAAAAAACUAACGGAUCCCACUUUUCAAAACCAAGACCAGGAGGUUGGAUUCCUCCGUCGAACAGGAAGCAACAGCAGCCUUAAUUCUAUUUUUGGUCCGGAAGGAGAUCCCCACAUCAGAACAUGUGAAAAAUGUCGGAAUCUUCUAGAACGGCGCAACGAACAAAUAGAACAGCGCACAAAUAAACCCAUUGUGGUGUUGCUCUAUGAGAAAAUGAAAUCCUGCGUGGAGGCUGUAGAAGAGUUAUUGACCAAGUACAUGCCUAUGAUAGAAUCACUAAGUUGUGGUGAGUCGAUGUAUAGUUUACAAGAGGCCCAGCGAUACAGAGUAAAGAUCACCAAACUGUAUGAAACAAUCGAUGGGUUAAGCAAAAAGAUUCUAAAUCUGGGCCUCAACAGUGAAGAAGAACCUUCUCAAAAACAGUUACUUCUACAAAGAUCCAUAAGGAUUUAUGCAACGAAUUUCAUGCAGGACAAUAUGCUAGGUUUACAGUCGUUACCGAGUGAAGAACAAUAUGUAAAAUUACAAGAGGCAAGAAAGCUAGAAAUUCAGAACCGAAUAGCAGCAGAACGACAAGCAAUGUUUGAGGCCCAAGAGAGGGAAAGGAAGGCCAAGGAACACAAAGAGCAAAAGGAGAUGACAAGAAGUGAGAACGUGAAACAGACAGAGACACGGGAGAGGUCAGGAUCUAAAAAAUUAGCGGGGUGGAUCCCAAACGAGUCCACGCAUAUUAAUUUCAAUAAUACGGAUGAUCCCAUGAUUCAACAAAUGAAUAUAAUACGUAGUUAUAUAAAGCAAGCUAGGCAAGCAGGGAAGCUGGAUGAGGUGCAAAUGCUAGAACAAAACCUGAAGGAACUCCAAAAUGAAUAUCUACGUCAACAAAGACAAAACUGGUCUUAAACAAAUCCCUAGUCAUAAAAGAGUUUCAGUUGUACACUGUGUAAAUCAUAUGUAUUAGUAUUAAGUUUGGUGGCUUUGUGCAAGUUUAAAUUUAUAUAAAAAAAAUCUGUGACUUGUGCAGCUAUUAAUUUGAUUUUUGUGUAUGUAUUCAAUGUGAGGCCAGUAAGGUGUUGAUCGCCGAGUACAUGUAUAAACUGUAGACUGUCACUACCACACACACAAAAAGCAUCAAUAUUGCAUAAUAUUUUCUAAUGGGAAUACAGAGAAUGAACAAGGGCAUGUCAAAGUAGAUAUAAAUAGAUGUAAAAUGUCAUGAAUGCAAAUGUACAGUGCAGGAACCUAUUUCUGUUACAGUAACAGUAUGAAUGCUGAUUUUCUAAAAUGUCAUGCUUGCUUAUCUUUGAGGCUAACAAUGCUUGCUGGUUUGAAUGCUGGCAAUGUUUGCUUAUUUUGAAUGCUAGCAAUGCUUGCUGUCAGAUUUGAAGGCUAUCAAUGCUUGCUGAUUUAAUGCUACAUGUAGUUUUAUCUGUCUCAAAUCUAAGUAAGUGCUUGUAAUGCUAAUGGAAGUUAUUUAAUGAAUAAUUUUGAUAUUAAAUAUCAGCAGUGAUCUUUUUGAUUUCAAAACCAAUAAAACAAAGUUUAUUUACAGUUUUUUUUUUCUUUUCUUUUUUUUCCAUUUUUUUCUUUUCUUUUUUUUUUUGCGAUUAUGUUCAUAAGUAACAAAAAAAAUAAUGAAAAAAUGAAAACACCUACAUCUUUAGUUAUAUUUCUGUAUUUACAGCAUAACCGUUAUGUUCUGUGUGCGUUUGUUUUGUUUUUUAUUAUCAUUAGCUUUAAACCAUAAUCAUUGUCAUAUAAAGGUUCAAAAUGUUGAUCGCACCUUGCUACAUUUUGUUAAAUCUGCAGAAUUACAAAACCAGCAUCGGCUGGAAUGCAAGGAAUGCUGCUUUUAAAUGCUAGAAAUGCUGAUUUUAAAUGCUAGGAAUUCUGAUUCAGGAAAUACUAGUAUUUGCUGAUUUCUAUGACUGCUUAUAGGGUAAAUGCUGAUGCUUUUGAUAUGCUAGUUUUCUCAGUAGCUGCUUACUUGUGCUGAUUUACGUAUCAGAAAUAGGUACCUCUGCACUAUACAGUCACAUGCCUUCCCACUUACACUGUACCACAGCGAUUCUAUAUCUCACUAACUUCUUUCUGAUUGGGUUUGUUAUUCCGAUGAUAUCAGGACUUUCUCUUCCUCCUGUACAUUAUCUAUCUUUUAGAAUAACAUAAAUACAGUGGAUGACUCCACAGAGGUUAAGCCAAUUUUGGGCCCGAAUUCUGUGAUAUCGUAAAUAUAUAGUAUGACAUUGUGAGGGCUCCACUGCUACAGAUGUCUGCAGGAUAUCAGCGGUGUUCUGUGAUAUCGUAAAUAUAUAGUAUGACAUUGUGAGGGCUCCACUGCUACAGAUGUCUGCAGGAUAUCAGCGGUGUUGUUGGGUUUUUAACAGAAGCUAUGCUGAUUUAGAGAUAUCAGUCAGUUUCUUCUAUGUCAAACCAAGUUCAUGAAGUGCCUCUUUGUAUGUGGGGGUAAAAGUUUAUGUACUGUGUUAAGCAGAGAUUUUUAAAACAACCAGUCUGAAAGAUAUGUCUGCCAAAAUUUUGUUUGGAUCAAUACCAUUAGAUAGUGACAGUGUAUAUUUCAUUGCAUGGAUUGACAUUAAAAUGUCUGGUAUAUGAUUCAAGAUAAGAUUUCAAAAACUCUGAUGAUAGACCACAGAAUUAGAGGUUUGAAAUCUGUACUUGAAGCAAAUUCACUAAUACAUGUAAUAUUUCGUUCAGCGUGAGCUCUGGUGGUGAAUUUUGUACAAUUCUUAUUGUAUACUAGGAUGUUGGUUUUAGUCAAUUAUUGUGCCAAAUUUUAUUUAAUGCUGCAUUUUAAAAAAAACUAAAACGGAGAAACCAUCAUUAGGUGUGUUAAAAUGUGUAAGUCUUUAAACUUUAUAAUCAGUUAUUGGUUGUAUGUAGUACAUGUGUAUUUACAUAUAUCAUAUUCUGUACAGUGAUUUAUUUUAUGAAUAUGUAUAGAUUGUAAAACUGUGCACAGUGUCAAAUGAUUUAGUUCAUUCUGUUCAUUGGAUGGUGCAAUACUUAUUUCUUGAUUUUAAAUUGAAAGUUGUGAAUUGUUAUGAGACACUUGUAAACCUCACAGGCACCUGAAGUGUGGAUAACUUGUAUAGAUCCUAUGUACAUACCCCCCUCCCCUUUCUAGAAUGAAAUUAUUUUUAUACAGAACCAAUAUUUCAUCCAAAUAGGUGAUUUCCCCACCGAUCAUCCACACAAGUCAUUCUGAAUAGUCAGUUUCAACCUUCCGUAAGCCUUAGAGAUGACCACUUGUGAGAUACUAAUAUAUGUAUAUAGAGGGGGGAGGUAUGUAAGUAAGAUUUAUACAAGCUUUUCACACUCCAGGUGUCUUAGUUUUCAGUAUUGUAUUGUGUUUUUGUUUUGUUUAUAUACCAGAAAAAAAAACAGUACAUGUAUAUGCAAAUAGACAAGCUAAUGACCAGUAUUGAAGAAUGAUGUAAGUCUGUGUUAUUAUGGGUUACAAAUAAAUGAAUUUUGUUCAACGGCACCUAAGUAACAGAACUUUAUCCCAGGCUUGUUCGGAGAUUAUUGCAUAACAUUUUUUUCACGUUUUCAUUUACUCACAUUAAAUGUUGAAAUUUUGUACAAAAGAUGGAGUCAUGUUCUAUGAUAGAUAGAGUAAAUGAGAAAAUGGUAGAUUUUAUGGUUUUUGAUGAAUUAAUUCUUUUUUGUUAGAUAUAUUGUAUGUAGGGAUACAUGGAGCUUGAUGUAAAGAUUAGAUGAUACAAAUGAAAUCUUUGUUUAUAAAUGAAGUAAUUUUCAGCCCAUGUUAACAUUAGGAUUAUGAUCAGUUUUUGAGAAGCCAUAGAAAUUGCUUUAGAAGUAAGAAAAUUACUUGUAAACCAAAUCCCAAAUUUCGAAGUAAAGACAAAGGAACUGGAGUUCAUCAAAUUCUGUGUAGAGGUGUGAAGUUUUGGAAACGCCCACCCCCUACAAACAAACACCAUAUGAUUUUGGAGCAAACAGUAGGCUGAGUGGCGUGAAAGUAUUUCAUCAAUGACAGGAGUUUUACUCUUAAGUCAAAUGAAAUGGGAAGACUGGCAAUGAUUAUAGAAGUCCUUUGUUUAGUUGGAUAAAAAGAGACAUUCACCACCCUCCACCCCACCCCCUCCGAAAAAAAACCCCAAACUAUGCUUUAAUAAUUUCCAAACAAGUCUCAUUUAAAUGUUUGACGUUGUCUUCACAUUUUACAUGGGCAACACUUUAAAUAUGCUUGCAGAAAUAUUACAUAUGAUUAAAUUAUAUAUUUAAUUUUUCAUUUUGUUGUAUUUUCCACGUUGAAGUAGAUAUAAAGAGAAUAUCCACCUCAAUUUAAAAAGCAAUAGGUACAAUUCAGUAGCAUUGUUCACAGUCGGAAUUGGAUUGUUUUAUGAUGAGUCUUUCAUUUACAUGUGUUUGUUAUUUUGUCAUGUUAAGGUAGCUCCGCCCUCAUGUGACUUAUCAAUACCAAUGGUUCAAAGCUGGGGAAAUAUUUAUGCUGGUACCUUUCUAAAUAUGUUAAGUGUACAUCAGAAAAUUGCAUAUUUUCAUUGAAGAUCAUUAUAAAAGUAUAGACAAACUGGUUAAAAUAACAAAAUGUUAAUGUGAAGAGUUUGAAAUACUGCUACUUUAUGAAUACAUGUAUAUAUAAAUUAAUCACGGAUAUCGUGAAAUCAUUGUAUAAUGGACAUACAAUAGAGAAAAUAACGGCAUAGGAAUUAUUGCCCUUGGCAACGUAUUAAAUUUCUUAAUAUAAACAAUUGAAUUGAUUAAAAAAUAGUUUGAAAAAAUCAGUAUGAAAUAAUGUACCUUUUUCAGUAUACCCAUUCAAUACAAUUCCUUAAAAAGAUAUACAUGUAUUUCUCUCACGCACAAAGUUUAAUUGCAUUAAUUUUUUUUUGUGGAAAACUUGCGACGUCACAUGAGUGUGGAGCUACCUUAACAGAUAGCCUACUGUUACAUAUGCAUAACUCGCAGAAUAUUGUAAUUAGCACAAAGACAUUGUGUAGAGCAUUUCAUUGCUUUAGAUAUAUUUCGUUAAAGAUUUGAAAUAAAUAAUACUACAGUU